AUGGCUUCCACUCUCAACUCGACGCCGGCUGCGAACAGCUCAGGCAAUCCCAACAACCCCUCUCAGAAUCCUGGAAGACCAACUCUCCGAUCAAGCGCCAACUCCAAAGUAGACGGCCGCCGACAGUCCGGUAGCCCUGGUGACGCUGGUCAACGACGCUCCAACUCCCACAAAGCCUGGUCCCAAGGGACGAAUCCCAUCACCCAACGCUCCACACACGCCUCAUCAAACGGAAAUAUGGCACAGAAGCAGUCUGGUUCCCCUCGCCCGGGCCAGAAGGAGUCCAACACUUUUGAUAACCAUGCGCAUGAUCGAUUGGUCUUCUUGUUUGCCACAUUCAUUGGUCUGCCUACCACCAUAACUACGAAGAAUGGAGACAAAUACACCGGCAUUUUCUCCUCCUCAACUCUCGAGGCCAGCGAUUCGUCUUUCCUGUUGAAGAUGGUGCAGCGUGCUUCUCAGGAAAACCAGCCCAAGUCCAACGGCGUUAGCGAUUCAACAACCCCUUAUCUUGGAGCUGCUCCAGAACACAGCAUGGCCUUUGAUGUGAAGGACAUCGCAGACAUCUCAGUCCCCAAUGUAUCACCGGCAGAGGUAUCGGCGAAAGAAACAAACGGGGCAGCCAAGUUCAGAACCGAUGCUGAUAUCUCGGGUAACUUGGCCAUGCGGGAGCGCACCUUGCAGCGCUGGGAGCCCGCUGAGGACGAAGCCCAUAUGUCCCUGGAGAGCUCGAUGGGAAACAGCACCGGAUGGGACCAGUUUGCAGCGAACGAGAAGCUCUUCGGCGCAAAGACUGACUACGACGAAAACAUUUACACAACUUCUCUCGAUCGCAGCUCUCCUGCUUAUCGUCAACAGGCGGCCUCCGCGGCCAAGAUUGCUGCCGAAAUUGAGGGCACCAGUGCCGACAACCCUCACAUGCGCGAGGAGAGAGGCCAGGUCGCGCCUGACACCGGUGAUCAGGAUGAGGAGGACAAGUACAGUGGUGUUCGUCGUGAGAACAAGAUCUUCCCUCCUCUCCUCUCUGGACAGCCGAACAAAUAUACUCCACCGGGGCGCCGACAAGUUGGAGCACCCCCAGCUGCUCCCCAGAAACCAGCUGCUCCGACUGCUACCACGGCUAAUGCUCCGACUGCUGCUGUUCAGACCCCCGUGGCGGAGAGCACUCCAAAGGAUCAGCUUUCUACCCAGUCAUCUGCCAGCACUGGAACUGAGCAGAAAUCCGCUUCUACCGAGUAUCACUCCGAAAUUCCUGCCACUUCUGUGAAGCAGCGUACUGUGCCCGAAAAUGCCACGGCUAACGUCGAGACCGAGGUGCUGGAUCACUUCCGCCAGUUUGCCAACAGUGAGAAGAUGAAAAUGCAGGAGCGCCGUCGCAACCAAGCCAGCUAUGACCGAACUGUCAAGCUUAAUGAGCUGAUGAAGUUUUCUCAGAACUUCAAGUUGCACACUCCGGUUCCCAAGGACUUAGUUCCCAUUCUAGCCAAGGACCGCAUCAAACAGGAAUCUAUCAUCAAUCGCGUAUCUGAAGAUAAGACCAGCCCGAAGUCCCCUUCUCCGGCCGUCGAGCAGAAGCCACAAGCUGGACGGGGCGGCCCCACUGGAGCUGUGCCCCCAGCCGCUCCCGCAGAUCGCCAAAAUGCUUUCCCCCGGAACCGCCAAGUCUAUGCCCCCACCGGACCACAUGCGGCUGGAGCUGGAGCUGGAGGCCGAUUCCCUCAGCAGCCCAUGCAGUCCGGUCGUCCUAGUGCCAGUAUGCUCAGCCAUCGCUUAGCAGAUAACCUUCAGCAGCGAAAGGGUGCAGGCAUAGGCCCGGUUCCCACGCCCCUACCAAUUCAAGAUGCUCGAGGCCCACCAACCGGCCCUGCAAAUGAGCAGCCUCGAAUCACUAGCCCCGUGAAAAGCCAGGCUCCCACGUCUUCUCUAGCUUCCAAGUUCAAUGUCCGCGCGAUGGAGUUCAAGCCUAAUCCUGCGGCAAGCACCUUCACCCCGGGUGGCCCUCCCAGCGCCGCUCCUGCCGGUCCUGCAAGCAGCACCAAUGCGGCUGCUGCCAGUCCUCGGCCAUUCUCGCGCAACCGAUCGGGCUCUCGUGCGACAACUCCAUCUGCAUUCUUCGGCAACCGGAAGCCUUUGCCCAUCUCUGAAAGACACACCAUCGAUAACCAGUUCAACCCGAUCAAACGUAUGAAGAAGGAGAGCAGUGGUUCUGCAGAGAAGCCCUACGUAUUCAACGGGUGUAUUCCUCCUCCUUACAAGACGCUCCCGACAUGGGAUCACCCGGAGGCGAACCAGGACAAGACUUUUGACCAGAUGUUCAAGCACCCUGGCGCCAUCCAGUCGGUCUCGCCCCAAGGGCGGUCCGCCUCAAAUAACCCUCAUCUUCCUCAACAACACCCAAUGCCCUUCCACCCCGUCUUCCCAUCCCCUCGGAUGCAGCAAAGCGGCAUGGGAUACCCAUCUCCCAUGGCCCCUCAUGCCCAAAUCGCAUUUGGACAGCCGGUGCCGGGAUUCUACGGUGCCCCUCAGCCUGGCCAUCUACCCCGAUACCAAGGUGGUCCCCAAUUUAUGAACUCGGGCGUCGCUAUGGGAGGAGCUCCAAUGAUGCAACAACCUUCCAAUGGUCCCUACAUGGGCGUUCCUCAGGGAAUGUCGCCCUAUAACCCACAGAUGCCGAUGUACUCACCUUCCCCAGGUCACGCUUACCCUCAGCAUGCCCCUCCCCCGCAGUCACACAGCGGUUAUCCCAGCCCAAGCCGUGGCGCGCCCAUGAUGAUGCAUCAAAACUCGCAGUCCGGCCAACCUCCCCAGAUGAUGUUCAUGCCGUCCGGUCAGCCCGGCCAGGCAGGAUAUGGAGCUCAGCAACCCGGCCACAGUGAGUUUUUCCUCCGCCCUAUUUGGGUUCCCGCGGCUUAUCCACUCCCCUCAGUGCCCCCAGGUCGUGGCGGUUACUCCCAGCAGCAACCUCACUUUUCGUCCAGCCCACACCAGCCGCAUCAUUUCCCUCCGAACGCCCAGCACCGAACGCCCAGCAAUGGAUUUAACCAGGUGCCUCAGAUGCCCCCUCAAAUGGCCAACAAUUCCAGUGCCAACGCUACCGCUGGCUCCCACUCGGCGGAACCAACGGACGAGGGUAAAUGA